AUGCAUGGGGGGCUUAAUGCCGAGGAGAAUGUAGAAGACCUUAAAGCGAAAGUGGCACAGCCCGUCGCGAACGACGAUUCACUUUCUUCGAGCGAAGAAGAAGUUCAGCCAAAGAAAGUUGCGAAGCCGGUUUCCACUGCGAGUAAGAAGAAAACUGCCCCGGUGCCGCCACCGAGCUCCUCCGAUGACAGCUCUGAUGAGGAUCAGCCGAGUGCAACUGUAGUGAAGAAGGCAGCGGCUGCAAAAGCAAAAGCAGCUGGCAAAGGAAUAGCUGCGAAGGCUCAGUCGCAGGCUCAGGACUCCUCCGAAUCAAGCUCGUCAGAAGAUGAUACACCGGCUGCAAAAAAGGGGAAAGGCGCAGUGACUAAGCCGGCGUUGCCCCAAAAAGCCGUUGCUCAGAGUUCUGAUUCAGAGGAUUCGUCUGAAAAUGAGCCACCAGCAAAGAAGCCAGCGCAGAAAGUAAAGGCUGGGGUCCCACAAAAGAAAAUCGCGCCGCCAAAUGACUCCGGGUCUGACGACACAUCCUCAGAAGAUGAGAAGCCCGCCCCGAAGAAGGCACAACCCAAGGCCAAGGCGGCCCCUGCUCAGAAAAAGGCUGCAGUGUUGCAGGAUUCUGAUUCAGACGAGUCCUCCUCUGAUGACGGGUUUCAGGCAAAAAAACCAGCACCAAAGGCGAAGGAGGCACCUCCACAGAAGAAACCAGCAGCGCCAAAGGACUCUGACUCGGAUGAGUCAUCCGAAGACGAACCACCCCAAGCGAAGAAGCCAGCAGCCAAAGGUAAGACGGCAGUAGCAGCACCUCAGAAGAAAGCAGCGCCUCCCCAGGAUUCCGACUCAGACGAGACAUCGUCUGACGACGAGCCGCCCGCCAAACCGGCGGCGCCGAAGGCUAAGGCUUCCGCGCCACCGAAGAAGACAGCAGCAACAACGGAGGACUCGGGUUCAGACGAAUCUGAUUCAGAGGAGAGCUCCUCUGACUAUGAGGCGCCAACGGGAAAGAAACCAGCAGCUAAGGCCAAGGCAGCGCCUACGAAGAAAGUGGCUGCAGCGCCUGAUAGCUCCGAUAGUUCCUCAUCUGACGAAGAACCCCAAGCUAAGAAAGCAGCACCUAAGGCCAAGGCAGGCCCGCCACAGAAGAAGCCGACUGUUGCAAAGAAUUCUGAUUCAGAUGAGUCCUCAUCUGAAGACGAUGGGCCCCCGGCGAAAAAGCCAGCAGCUAAGGGCAAGGCGACAGCAGGUCCCAAGAAAGCAGCAGCGGCGCAGGACUCUGACUCUGACGACUCGUCUUCUGAAGAGGAAGCUACCGAGAAGAAGCCUGCAGCUAAGGCUAAGGUUGCAGCGCCGCUGAAAAAGGCAGUGGCUGGUGAUUCCGAUUCAGGGUCGUCGGAGGAGGAGGCAGAAAAGCAGCCACCUAAAAAAGCUGCAAACAAGAAAGGGAAGGCUGCAGACAUGGAGAUGGAGAUUGAUGGUAGUAGCUCAAAGAAGAGAAAGCAGGGGCAGGACCACCAACAGGCCCCGAAAAAGAAGCUGCAACUCACUGAUCAGUCCGCUGCCGCCCGUAUGCGUAGUGAGAUCUUUUGCGGUGGCCUUCCGUACUCCGUUACAGAGGAACAGCUGAAGGAGUUAUUUGAGGCGGAUUGUGGGCCGACAACUCGCAUAAAAAUUUUGGAGGGGAAGGGAAUUGCUUUCAUCACAUUUGAAUCCGAGGAGGGCGCUGCGAAGGCUGUAGAGUUCAACCAGACAGAGUAUGAAGGCCGCACAUUGCGGAUUAAUCUUUCAGCUGACAGGCAGCAGGGUGAUAGGGGCAAAGGUGACGGGAAAGGCACCUCUCCUAGGGAAGACAAGAUCAAGGCGGAACCUUGUAAUCAAAUCGUCCUGAGAAACCUGAGCUUUGAUACUACUGAAGAGACCAUCAGGGAAACUUUUGGCGACUGUGGGGAGAUUCGAGCAGUGCGUAUCCCAGUCUUCGAAGACAGUGGGAAGCCUCGUGGGCAAGCCUUCUUGGAGUUUGACUCUGUGGAGUCUGCCACGAAGGCACUUGAGUACAACAAUACAGAGCUGGACGGUAGAACAAUUUGGGUAGCGUAUGCCCUGCCCAGAGGCUCAGGCGGUGAUAGGGGUGGCAGAGGCGGACGUGGGGGCCGCGGCGGUGCGGGUGGCGGUGGUAGGGGAGGGGGACGAGGUGGUGGCCGUGGGGGGUUCCGAGGAGGUCGGGGGGGCGGUGCCUCUGCGGUGAAGGCUGCAAACGCGGGGAACGUGCAAGAGUUUCAGGGGAAGAAGAUGACGUUUGACGACAGCGACUGA